AUGGGUCAAGUUAAUUGUUCAAACUGCACAUGCACUAGCAAAGAAUCAGAGCUGCAUCUCGAUUUAGCUCUCAAACAAGACAACCUAGCCGACGAUUUAAGUUUCGGCUCUCUUCAGACUGACAUCACCAAACUCUCAUCAAAAUCAUUUUCCGCCCCAAAAAUAAAUCCCAGCCCACUUCAGAAAAGCUUAGUCCACCCCUCCGCGAACAAACAAAAAAUUUGUCAGCUUAUGAAAGGGUUUAUGUUUUUUUAAAAAAUUUAUAUAUAAAUUUUAUAGCAUUUUUUUUUCAAAAAAUCCCGCUUCACAAAAAUUCCAAAAUCAAAUAUUGAUUCAAUUUGUAAAACUUAUGUUUUAAAAUGCAAUUUGUUUAAAAUUGAAAAGAAUUAGCUCGAGAUAUCAUUAUACUAAUUAUCAAUUAUGUAUCAAAUUUUUCCAUAAAAAAUUUUGUUGGCUCACAGAGGAUGGGUUUUUGAGCAAAAAUUAGGGAUUUUUCCAAUGGUUUUGUUCGCUCAUGGAGGGACGGGGAGUUAGAAUCUUCAGUUAUUAAGCUUCAAGCCUUAUGAAGAGGCUACCAAGUACGAAAGCUUUACUCCCAUCUAUCCAAAAACAAAGCUGCCCCUAGAAAUCAUUUUUUAACUGAAGACAAACCAGCAUUUAUAUCCAAUUCCAGCUCAGCUCAAAAAGAGCACAGACCUCCUUUCACCUAUAAAAGUGGAGCAGUCUACCAAGGCCAGUGAACAGGAAAUAAUAGAGAUGGCCAAGGCUGCCAAAUAUGGCCAGAUGGUGCAAAGUAUGAAGGCGAAUGAAAAGACAAUAAAGCAAACGGCCAUGGCAAAUUUUGGCAUACUGAUGGAGAUAUAUUCGAAGGCCAGUGGAAAGACGAAAAAACAAAUGGAAAGGGAGUGUAUCGUCACCAAAAUGGAGCAUGCUAUGAAGGAGACUGAAAAAAUGAUCUCCAAGAAGGAUAUGGUGUUGAAGAAUGGGCUGAUGGAAGCAGAUUUCAAGGCUUCUAUCAUAAUGGGAAGAAAAAUGGCUUUGGGCUGUAUGCAUGGAGUGAUGGUAGCAGAUAUGUGGGACAUUGGGUAGAAAAUAAAAUCAGCGGAUGAGGCUGCUAUACAUGGCUUGAUGGAAGAAAGUAUGAAGGAGAAUGGACAAAUAAUAACAUGCAUGGAAAAGGUGUUUAUACAUGAAAGGACGGAAGAAAAUAUGAUGGGGAAUAUAGUGUUGAUAAAAAGCAUGGGCAUGGGACUUAUACGUGGGCUGACGGAAAACAAUAUAAAGGGGGAUGGAGAAAUGGCAGACAGCAUGGAGAAGGAACGUAUAUUUUGACUAACGGUGAAGUAAAAAAAGCUCUCUGGCAGGACGGGAAAAAGGUAAAAGAUUUAGAAUAA